UAUAAAUAUAGUUUACAUAUAACAAGUACACUAAAAGAAGGAGUAUUUACAUAAUAUCAGUUAUACAUUUAUUUACUUAAUAUGGAAAAACAGGAAUCGAAAGUUCUGUUUCGGAGUAGAUCAAUGGACACAGACGCACAUCUAUUCAGUAUAUUUUCUACAAAUGGAGAACAUUUUAUAAGAAAGCCCAACAUAUUGAACGAUGACGAGGAAAACUUCAAAGACGAUGACCGACUCAUUGCUUUAAAUGGACAGUCAAUAAGCCAUUUUGAUCAUGUUAAUAUUGUUGAAAUGUUAAAAGAAGUGUUAGAUUUUUCCGAGGAAGACAGAUGUAUAACCUUGAUUAUAGAUAGGGAAGAACAUGACGGAGAUUUAAGAAUGAUUGAAAUUAAGCUAUUGGUAUACCCACCUACAGAUAUUGACAUAGAUGCAGGUUUCAAUUUUAGAUACGUCAUUAAACAUUUAUUCCUGAGUUUUCAACCAUAUGUAUACAAUGUCAAAUACAUACAUUCAUAUGACUGUUAUAUAUCCGAAAGUAGUACAAAAUAUGUUAAAUGUACAGCUGAAAACAAACUAGUCAUGGAGUCAUUACCACCUGAUGUCAAAGACAGAGGUGGCUUUACCUUCGCCUGUCAAAAUUAUUUAGUUUUAAGUGGAGGACAAAAUCACCUGAAUAACACGUAUGUAUGUAUUAUACGUGCCGUCAAGAGGCCUGCAGAGGAGGGAAACCCCGAGAAAGGACUAUAUAUCACAGUCAAGAAUGAAAAAGACGUACACGCAGAGGAAUUUCCGCAUUCUGACAGAGAUGUCGAUUUAGAAAAAGCAGAUUCGAGAUUUUUUAUACUUAAAAAAACUCCUAAUGGAAAAGAAAUGUUUGAAUCGUUGGCUUAUGAAGGGAAAUAUUUGUCAUGGACCAGAAGAGGUAUACGGCUCAAACAUGUUUCAUGUGAAGAAGUUCAGCAACAAUGUGGAGAUCUAAACAAUGACUGCAAAUUUGAUAUUACCAAUCAUACUUUUAUUGGCAACUAACUUGGGUGACAAAUGUUUCACAUUGUACAGUACAAGUUCAUUGUUUAAAAUUCAAUCUGGAUAAGUUUAGGCAACACUUGGUUCCUUACUUUAUCAAACAUAAAAAAAAAUGGUUAUAGUCUACAUCACAUGUGAAGUGUUUUUAUAUCUUAUAAUUUCCUUAUAAAACAAGAAGAAAUGAAUAGACAAGAUACGAAGUAGAAAAAAGAUGGAGGAAUAUUAGCGAAACAUUCUAUAGAAUAUUUAUAACUGGGAUUGAGUACGUCAUAUAGAUAGGCGUUGUCAUCAGUCAUUUCCUUUAGUGGAUAAACGAGAUUUUACCCAGGAUUUUCAAUAGAAAUAUUAUUUCGACCUUUUUGAACUUUGUGUUCUCUGAA